UGAAGCGGGUUGCCAUAUAUGGAACUCCGGAACACCGUUUACAACAGCUUCUCUACUCUCGAGUUAGCAUACUACCGUGUGCUCUCCACGCAUACCCAUCUCGACAGCUGGUAUACAAGUCUAUUUCUUGAAGUCGCGAAACGAUGUCUCCGUUCACUACGAGCCUGGAAGAGGGUGUUUACCGAAUCUGUAGUGCACUAGACUCAAACCUUUGGCUGACAAUGGACCCACCCAACCCAGCAACUGGAAAGUCAGCUGUUAGUGUUAGACCGGACAAUCCAUCCGCUAGAAAUCAACAAUGGAAAAUCGUCUUCUAUCCCAAGUCGAAUAGUUAUUCCUUUUUCAGUCUUGGACAAAGUCUUUACCUCGCUGCAGAUGUAAGGACCUGGGUUCCUCAAGGUCGACCUAAGCCAUUUGCAUUUCGUCUGCGUCCGGGUGGUGACCAGGAACAAAGUAUCCUGUACUUCCCAACGAGAUUCUUUGUAUCAUACGAUGGCUCCCAGGUAUUUUACCAUGUCCAUGGCAAUAGUGGAUCGGCGGGAUCAAGGUGGAAGUUCAGGAGGGUUUCGAGAUCUGUGAGGAUUCCGAAGGCACCUCCUUUGGUGGAGGUCCCACCCGUUUCCGAAGGAACUUAUCGAAUCGUGAAUGCCCAUUCGAGGACGUACCUUACCAUGCUCGACACGCCUGAAAGUGGGCAGAAAUACCCCUAUGCCGUGGGGCGGACGUACAGGUCCGAUUUGACUGCCCAACAACCAUUCUCCAUCGUGAAUCCGAACCACUCACUCGCCUAACUUUACAUUUGCAAUCACUCCAGUGGAAAGUAAUACCCCACGAUUUAACCCAAACCUACUUCCUCAAAAACGUUGGUACUGAACGCUGGUUGAGCAUUCAAGAAGACGGGGCGCUUGAAUCCCUUUUCACGGGUGUGGACGAGGA